AUGACGGUCACCAUUGAAGAUAGACAUGUGACAUAUCGCGAGAUUGAGGCGCUCUUGAAGAUCUCAAUGACCUUAAUUCAAAAAAUUUUACAUGAAGAAUUAGGAGUAAGAAAAUUACAAUUCCGCAAACUCAAUAAAAAUGUGUACAUCAUUGUUAGUGAAAAUAAACGACAGUCGGCUGUUUGGCCAACAAAAGUCAUCCGUUCUCGAAGUGUUUCGAAACAGAUGGUCGCGACAUUUGUGUCAAAAGCGGGUCAUAUUGCAACAAUUCCUCUUAAUGAGCAAAGAACUGUUACUGCGGAUGGGUAUACCACCAUUUGUUUGCCAAAAGUCAUCACCCAGCUUCGAAAAAUCAACCCUGAAAGAAGAAUCAUCCUCCACCAAGACAAUGCAAGCUCGCACGUAGCACAAAAAACAAGGCAGUAUUUAACGGCAGAAAACGUGGAAUUAUUGGACCAUCCUCCAUACAGUCCCAAUCUAAGUCCUAACGAUUUCUUUACUUUCCCGAAAAUUAAAAACAGACUGUGUGGUCAAAGGUUCCAGUCACCAAAAGAAGCAGUUGACGCAUUGAAAAAUGCCGUUUUGGAUCUGCCAGCAAACGAGUGGAAUAAGUGCUUCGAAAAUUGGUUCGAGCGCAUGUAUAUUAAUCUUCGUGGAGAAUACUUCGAAAAGCAAUAA